ACUGUCAUGGCGGCCUCCGCUGCAGUCCGGGCAAGCAUGGGACUGACUUUGACACUCUGUCGAAUUAGUCCUACUUGCAAGCUGUGUACAUUACACAGGGCGACUAACUGCAUGCAUGUUAUCACGGGGUCAUCGAGGGGAGACACAAGUAGUCGCUUUCGUACCCUGAACAGGAGCUUGCAAACAUCUAACGGUCUUUAUCACAGCGAAGACGACAACACAAAUACAGAUGACAGCAAAGAUGUGGUUAACGUGGUGUAUAUAGACCGAUCAGGACAAAGAAUCCCAGUCAAGGCCAAAGUUGGAGACAAUGUACUGUACCUGGCCCACAAGCACGGCAUUGAUUUGGAAGGAGCCUGUGAAGCCUCGCUAGCCUGUUCCACAUGCCAUGUGUACGUGAAAGCAGAGUACUAUGAUAAACUGCCACAACCCGAAGAAAGGGAAGACGACAUGCUGGACAUGGCUCCCAUGCUGCAAGAGAACUCUCGGCUGGGCUGUCAGAUCAUCUUGACCCCCGAGCUGGAUGGCAUUGAGCUGACUCUUCCCAAGGUCACCCGUAACUUCUACGUGGAUGGUCACGUGCCCAAACCACACUAAGCAGGCUGGAGAGACGGCGGAGUGGUUCUCACAUGCCCUUUUGGACUAGGGAGCUGGACAGAGGCAUUUUGGAGCAUGAAAGGCCUUGCAGCUCCGGAACAGACACAAGAAACUCACUG